AUGCCACCAGGAAAGCAAGUCUCUCGCAAGGUGAUCCUUGAGCCCGGCCACUCCCCACUCGACUGGGCUGCUUUGACAAGCAAUCCCAACCAUCAGCUCCGAGGCAAAGAUGCGCAAGGAGAGAAUUUACUCCGGGUGACGCCUGCCCAGUUGAAAAUGCAAAAUGGCAGGAAAGGAAGAGAUGCGUGGACGGUCUACCAGGGAAAAGUGUACAACAUAACUCCUUACGUUCCCUACCAUCCUGGAGGUGCUGGGGAAAUCUUGCGAGGGGCUGGGAAAGACUCCGUCAAGCUGUUCAUGGAAGUGCACCCUUGGGUCAAUUGGGAUGGCAUGCUCAGCGAGUGUCUUGUGGGGAUACUGGUUAGCGAAGAGCAGGAGGCAAACGACAAGAUUGGGAGUCUGGACGAGAUGGAUUGA